AUGGAACAUACUUUUAUUAUUAGCACGAGGAGUGGUAAAAUACUUCAAGAUGCUGACAAGAAGGUGGUAGAUCUAGAUCCAAUUAUUGAGAAAGAAGAGGUGCAUUCUGAUGUUCCUAUCGUUGAUGAUGAGGUCCAUGGUGAAGAAAAAGUUACUGAUAUUCCCGAAAGGUUGGCAAAGAAGAAUGACAAUGUUAAGUGUCAGAAGUUCUAUGAUCAGUUGAAGCAGUUAAUAGUGAAUUUUUCAUUCUUAGAUGCUGUCAAAGAGAUGCCCGGAUUUGCUAAGUUUGUGAAAGACCUGCUUAGUAAGAAAAUGAAUUUAACUCAGCGUGAGAGUUCGAUUAUUACUUCCAGCACAGUUCAGAAGAAGGGAGAUCCGGGGGCAUUUACCAUUCUGUGUAAUAUUAGGCGUCAUGCAUUCGCCCGUGCUCUGUGUGAUAAUGGGGCGAGUAUCAACUUGAUGCCUCUUGCUAUUUUCAAACAGUCUGGAUUAGGAAUGCCUAGACUAACUUCUAUGCAAUUACAAAUGGCAGACAUAUUCAUCAAGAAGCCAGUUGGGGUCAUAGAUGUUGUGCUGGUGCAAGUGGGUAAGUUCAUGUUGCCUGCUGAUUUCAUUAUUCUGGAUUGUGCGGUUGAUAGAGAUAUUCCCAUCAUCUUGGGAAGACCCUUCCUUGUUACGGGCAGAGUGCUUAUGGACUCUGAUUAA